UUUGUAGCCAAACAACAGUAGCCCUAACUAUAGAAGGUGACACCCCGCCCUGCCCCCGUGCCCGUCCGUCGGAUGGACGGGUCGGACCCGAGCGAUUACUCAAACGUCCCUGCCUAGCGCGCAGCGUCAGACGCAGAAGCGCCGGAGCAGCAUUCGACGCGCCGAGUCCUCGGUUCUCCAGGCGGAGACAUGCAACGGCCGCCACGGGAGCUUCUCCGCGCUCGGCACGUCUUGCGGGUCGUGACGCUUCUGCUCCUACCUCAGGGCUCUCUGGUGUUCGACUGUGAAGAACCAGUAGUUAAACAUGGCAUACAAGUAAAUCGAACUGCAAAUGAAUAUUUCCAUGGUGAUUCUGCUACAUUUAUAUGUAACAUCGGAUAUUUCUUGAUUGGAAAUUAUUUGAUAAAGUGUGUAAAGAACAAUACCUGGUAUCCUUCCGUACCAUCCUGUAGAAAGAUUUCUCCAAGACUCUGUGGUGCUCCAAUAAUUCGCAGUGGAAAAGUGGAGCCGCUGAAACCUUGUUAUGGAAUGGGAAGCACCAUCGUCGUAUAUUGCCAUAAAAACCAUUGUUUUCCUGAUGAAACAAUAGAGAUGAAAGCACAGUGUGAAGGCUACAAUUUGUGGUAUCCCCGUGUACCACCUUGUUUUUUUAGAACUAUACCUGACACUGUUCAACUAUAUAUUCAUAAUGGAAAUAUAGCUCAUGGGGAAAAAGAAGGGUAUAAGCCUGGAGAUAACAUUACUGUGAACUGUAAUGCUGGCUAUGCAUUAAGAGGGCCAUCGAAGAUUCGGUACAUUGGUGGAAAGCAGUGGGUGCCCGAGAUUCCUACUUGUUCUCUGAGUAUGUAUAUGAUUUGCAAACAUAUGCUGACUUUAGCCAUUCUACUUUACCUGUGUAGGAAGUAGAUGUAUUUUGUUGCCUUUUUGCCUUUUACUCAUUCUCAUCAUUGUCUGUACUUUGACGGCUUUAAAGGAGUGUAGGCAU